AUGGCUACUGCACAUAGAGUUCUGCGUAGAAAUAGAAGACGCUUCAUUCUGCCUCGCCCACGGGUAUUUCGAGAUAGACUUAAUCCUCUAGAAAGUCUUGAAGAAGAUGAGGUCUAUCAACGGUAUAGAUUUCGGCCUGCAUCCAUCAUUUUCAUCACAAACGGCUUGAGUAAUACACUGAGCAGAGACACAGGGAGGAAUCAAGCAAUCCCCCCUCUAUUGCAAGUGCUAGUAUUUCUCCGUUUUAUUGCCACGGGGGCACAUUUAAGACUUGUGGGGGACAGCCUCAACAUCUCCGAGUCUUCCGUUGGGCGCAUUGUUAAAGACGUGGCAGGGGCCAUUGUCCAGAUAUUUCGACAUUUUAUAAACUAUCCAGCAGGAGAAAGGGUCGCCAAAGUCAUGGAAGGGUUCCGCAGAAUAGCAGGUACGUUGCAUUGUUUAAGUUAUCUACAAAAACAUGAGCGAUGUUGCGAUAGAUACAGGCAACGUGCACUUAACUGUACUUCCAAAAUGAUAUCUAUUUGA